AGAGUCUCUUUGGUUUCUUUGUUAUUUAUUUGUCUUUGAGGAUCUGGCCUUUUUCAGGGUUUUUUUUCUUUUUAAAUAAUUGAAAAACAAACAAAAAAUCUCACCGAGGGUGGGAGAGUUAAUGCCGAAUACGUUUGCCUGCUGUGGUUGCCUAGCAACCAGUGGGCAGGCAGGCCGGAUGGCAAAGAGGGGCCUGCAGUAGCGAAGGGAGGUGUUUGUGUCCAUUCAGGUGGACACAGGAUCGGCGUGCUCACUUCUGGAGCCUCUGCUCUGGUUAAUGAUGCUUCUGGCCAAUCUUUGGCCACUAAAAGGGACAGGCGAUGGGAGUGGCGGGGCUUCUGAAAAGUCUGGAGGACACAGCAGAAAAUGAGGUUGUUGUUUUACAUGUGCAGCCUGGGUGUCCCAUCACGGAUCAGAAUGGUGCAGUGCAGCCCCCCAGGACUCUGCCAGCGCAAAGUGUAUGGGUGCUGGUGGGACGAUGAGGUUUCAUUUUGCAGCAAGAAUAUGCUUUGGUUUUGGGGCUGAAUUGACCCAAAGUUUCUUUGACAAUUGCUAAUUUCCAAACAGACAUGCUGAGAGAAAGCACCACCUGGCAGAACUAGUGGCGAGCUAAGCAACGGCCUCACUGCAGUGUUACUAGAAGCAGUUUUAUUUCUCUAACAAUAUACAUCUAUGAAUCAGGCUGCUCUUUCCAGGCAUUUGUUCUUCUUCCUGCAGACAAUGAGAUUUCUGAAGGCGCACCAGCACCACUCAGAUUGGAUCAGUUGGUUGAGGACACUCUUUGCAACUUCCACACUUCAAACUUCCUUGGGAUCUCAGAGGUGGAAAUGAGAGGUUCAGAGGAUGUUGCAGCUGGAACAGUAUUACAGCGAUUGAUCCAGGAGCAGCUGAGGUAUGGCAAUCCAAAUGAGAACAUGAAUCUGCUGGCAAUUCAGCACCAGGCCACAGGGAGCGCAGGACCAUCCAACAGCACUACAAGCACACUUUCUUCCACAGAAAACCUCACACAAGAAGACCCACAAAUGCUCCAGCAGUCAGCACGCCAGGAACCUCAGGGGCAAGAACAUCAGGUGGACAAUACUGUGAUGGAGAAACAGUCCAGGGCCACACAGCCUCAUCAGAACAAUGAAGAACUACCAACUUAUGAGGAGGCGAAGGCUCAGUCCCAGUUUUUUAGGGGCCAGCAGCCAGGUGCUGUUGGCCCAAGUUUUUACAUUGCUGGAGUGUCCAGUCAGAAAUCGAGAACAGAAGGGAGACCAACUGUGAAUCGGGCCAACAGUGGGCAGGCUCAUAAAGAUGAAGCACUUAAAGAACUUAAGCAGGGUCAUGUCCGAUCUCUAAGCGAGAGGAUAAUGCAGCUGUCUUUGGAGAGAAAUGGUGCUAAGCAACACCCUCCUACCUCAGGGAGCAACAAAGGCUUCAAAACUGGAGGACCCCCACCCACGCAGCCCUCUGGCAAAGGAAUGGAUCCCAGAGGUCCCCCGCCCGAGUACCCCUACAAAGCCAAGCAGGUGGUGUCACCAGUCAGCAAGACUCAGGAACAUGGGUUGUUUUAUAAUGACCAGCACUCGGGAAUGAUGCAGAUUCUCAAACCCUCCUACCCUGCUCCUCUGCCAGCAAGAACGGAAGGAGCAGUUGUCAGAUACCAGCCUCCCCCGGAAUAUGGUGUGACAAGCCGACAAUGUCAACCUGCUUUUCCAUCGGUGCCGGUACAGCAGCACAGUCCAAUGUCCUCCCAGGCCUCCUCCAUUACUGGCCCACUGCACUCAACAACCUUGCCACAGCUCCCAUCAACUGUAACUGCCCAGCCUUCACCUGCGACUGCACCAAGCCAGCAGCUCACGCCUGAUGCAUAUGCCAUUGUGGAGCGAGCGCAGCAAAUGGUGGAGAUGCUGUCGGAGGAGAAUCAUGUUCUGCGGCAGGAGCUGGAGGGGUACUACGAGAAGGCAGACAAACUUCAGAAGUUUGAAAUAGAAAUUCAGAGGAUUUCAGAAGCGUAUGAGGGCCUGGUCAAGACCACCACUAAGAGAGAGUCUCUGGACAAGGCUAUGAGAAACAAGCUUGAAGGAGAAAUUAGGAGACUUCACGAUUUCAACAGGGAUCUCCGUGACCGACUGGAGACUGCCAAUAGGCAGCUAGCCAGCAGAGAAUUUGAUGGGCAUGAAGAUAAGGCAACAGAGGGCUUUUAUGCCUCUCAGAACAAAGAGCACUUGAAGGAGAGGGAGAAGCUGGAAAUGGAAUUGGCAGCCGUGCGCUCUGCCAGUGAGGAUCAGCGGAGACACAUCGAAAUCCUGGACCAGGCACUGAACAAUGCUCAGGCCAAGGUCAUCAAACUGGAAGAGGAGUUGCGUAAGAAGCAGGCCUAUGUUGAGAAAGUGGAGAAGCUGCAGCAGGCUCUGACCCAGCUCCAGGCAGCAUGUGAGAAACGGGAGCAGAUGGAACGGCGAUUGCGCACACGGCUGGAGCGGGAGCUGGAUUCGCUGAGGAUGCAGCAGAGACAGGGGAACUACCAGGCCGAAAGCCUGCCAGAACACAAUGCCCCAGCACUGAUGGAGCUAGUGCGGGAAAAGGAGGAGAGGAUUCUGGCUCUGGAAGCUGACAUGACCAAGUGGGAGCAGAAGUAUCUAGAGGAGAGCACAAUCAGGCACUUUGCCAUGAAUGCAGCAGCCACAGCGGCAACAGAAAGGGAUACCUCAGUCAUUAACCACUCGCGGAAUGGCAGCUACAACGAGAACUCCCUGGAGGUUCGAAUAUGGCAGGAAGAGGAGGAGAUUGUUCAAGCCAAUCGGAGGUGUCAGGACAUGGAAUACACGAUAAAGAAUCUGCAUGCGAAAAUAAUUGAGAAAGAUGCCAUGAUCAAGGUCCUUCAGCAGCGUUUGCGGAAGGAUGCUGGGAAAACAGAUAGCACAAGUUUACGGCCUGCUCGAUCAGUCCCGUCCAUCGCUGCAGCAGCGGGUGCGCAUUCCCGCCAGACCUCUCUCACCAGCAAUCAGAUAGCUGAGGAAAAGAAGGAGGAGAAGACCUGGAAAGGAAGCAUAGGGUUGCUGUUAGGGAAGGAUCAUCAUGACCAUUCAUCAAUCCCUGCACUGCCUCCCCUGCCUCCCUCUUUGUCCUGUGCAGCCCCCUCGUUGCCAGUCAGCACCUCCCAUGCUAAAACAGGCAGCAAAGACAGCAGCACUCAGACUGACAAAAGCUCUGAGCUUUUCUGGCCAAACAUUGCUUCUUUCCCAGGCAGGGGAAGGCUAAGCACCACCCCAUCAAACAGCCCUGCCCUGAGACACACAGGAGCCAAAGGCACUAGAGAUAAACUAGAGAACUCCCCCAGCCAUGGGAAGCUGUCUGAUAACAAAGGCCGAGUAAGCAGUUUGGUCCAGAAGCCUGAAUUUCCUGAUGCCGACAUGAUGGAAGUCCUCAUCUGAGGAAAGAGUGACCUUCCUCAGGAUUUUGUGCAGACACAUUUAAAUCCACGGAGGCCAAUGUUGUGCAAAUCUUAAAAACUAAAUAUAAGAGUUUGAAGAAUGUCUGAGAAAGAUUGAGUCUGGAAGGAUCCUAGAGGCUGAGAUGAAUUAGACUUUGAAUGACAGAGGGAAAAGAAAGAGAUGUAAACAUGAAAUGAAGGAUGCUGAAGGUGGACAUGAAUGGCUGGAAUAUUCUGACAACAGAAGGUGAUAAGGAAACAUGGAUUCACAAAGAGAUGGUAAAGGAAAUAGGAACUGCAUUUACUAUUGUAGAGAAAACGUAUCUUUUUACCAUUUACAACAGUGUUCUAUAAUGCUGUUCUAUUUUACUCUCUAGCUACAACCAAGACAGAGACUGAAAUCCUGACUCUGUUGAAGUCAGUGGGAGUUUGUGAAUUGUCCAGGAGAAGUUUACACUUUUCUCAAAUUUAGUCAUUAUUCAUAAUUGUUCACCAGAUUAUUUUAGUGAAAAAUUCUUGGUCUGUAGAUUGAGCACAAAGCAGUUUGUUGUAAGUAUUUGUUUCAAGCCGGGUUGGUUUGUUUUGGUUGGACAUAUAGGUCUUUCCUGAUUGGAUGAGUGCUACUCUUGGGAACAGGUUUCCAAAGCAAAUUCUCAUGUUUUGCAAAUUCAAAAUUUGCUCAAAAUUCACUGUCGCCAGGAGCAUUUCUUUGCUAGAAUUUGCAUAGAAGAUGCAUGUAAAAGGGGCAUAAACCCUGUCAAAGCAAUUUCUUUUACAAUUUUGGUAACUAUUCAGGGGAAAAUGUUGAGCGUAUUCCCUCAGCUCUAAUACAUAAUACACACACACAAAGCUGUGUAAGCAGCAAAUUGUACAUACAUUCAAGUGCUAAAAGUUUUUACUCCUGAGGGCUUGGAGACAAUGGGCAUUCAGGAUGCUCAGCACCUCGCAGGGAACAACAUGGUGCCACUAUAGAUGUAUUCUCUGGCUUAUUAAAAUAAUAGUACAGUAUUCUGCAGUUUCUGUCCAAACUGCUUCAGCAUUGUCAGUGGGGCAAAUUCUACCCUCCUGUUGUGACCCAGGGUGAAUUUGAGGAUGCAAUGGCAGGCAGCGUUUCAGGCCAGGGUUACUACAGUGUUUGGGGCCAGUUACUGUAGAGGUUUGAGAGGAAUGUGGAGAUCAUUGACUGAUUUCAGCCUAAUUCAUCCAGGUUUGCUGCUUGCAAUUGAGAUCAGAAUCAGGCCCUUCGGUGUAUAUUAAAUAACAAUAAUAAAGUUAGUCAAUACACUUGGGAUGAGAAAUAAUAAACGUCCUCACUUAAAAAUGGAUUUCCACUGCACAUGGCACUGCAGGAGUUAAUUUGCACAACUGCUUAGCAUGGUUCAGUUUGUUGGUAAGAUUUCUACAGCACUUCGUAGCUGCCUGACUGGGAUGUUUACAUUCAAAGACAUUUUAAAAGACAGCCUGGUUGUGUAAAUGAGAAAGGAUGUUUCUGAACAUGCACGGAAAUUCUCCUAAUCCUUUUUUCCUGAUCUUAAAGGGACCAAUCCUGCAGCCCUUAUAUAAGUAGGCGUGCCUCACCCGAGUCAAGGUUACAGGACUGGGCUCAAAUUUUAAUUGUGACACACGUGAAUGUGUGUUGAGAGAUGGAAGAUUUAAUAUUUCUAAGGUCACCAGGUUAGGGUCCCCGAGGGAUAUUUUGGUGGUGAGUCUGUAUAUGUAAACAUGCACAACCAUUGCUGUCUAAAUGAUCAUUCCUUAGAAGUUGCAUUCACCCCCCCAUGCAGAGGAGCCUGCACAAGACCUAUGCCCCACUUAAAGCUUCCCAAUAAGGCUUAAAUGGGACAAAAGUGGAACCUGUUCUAUGUAAAAAUAUCCUUGUCCUGGCUCUCUGCACAAGGGUGAAUUUCAUCCCCAUGAUUCAGCGAGAAUUUGGUCAAAUCAAAACAUGUUUUCGUGGAACAGGACUAUGUAUGCAGAGUUCCUUGAUGGGGGCUGGAAUUCACCUUUUCAUCACUUUGGUUGUGGGGCUGCUCACAAGAAAAGAACUCUAUGAAAAGCACUCUUUUUUUUUUUCCACUCAAAUACUGCUGGAGAUUUGUUCAAACUAAAAAAUAAAUGGCUUCUGGGCAGAGACCAAGUUUUGAAAAUGUCUCCCCAAGGUGAGAAGGCAAAGGUCGGGACGCAGCAUAUUCUAAUAACUGGGAGCCUAGAAAUUCGCCAUGCGCUAAUCUUGGCUCAGCCACUGUCUCGCUGUGUGUCCUUGGGCAAGUCAGUCAAUCUCUCUGGGCCUGAUUCAUCGCUGCGCUACUCCAGUUUUACACCAGCGUCACUGACCUAAAAAUGGGAGGUGUAGCAGUGUAGCAUCAGGCCUUGUCUGUCUGAGCGACCCCAGCUGUAAAAUGGGGAUAGGAAUGCUUUCCUUCCUACCAGGGCUGUGGAGAAGGCUGGUGUUUGUACAGUGCUUCGAUGAUGCAAAGCGCUAUAUAAGUGCUUAGUGAUUUUAACCCCAAAAAAUCUCCCCAAGAUAACCCCUCCCGCCGCCCCCCCUCAGGUCUGAUCUUACAUUCCUUGCUCCCUCAAGUUAAUGGGAUUUGAGACACUUCAGCAAUAUAGAACUUGGCUCCUAGAGUUUAACUGCAUCAUUGUUAAUAAUCAUUUGGUUGUUUCCUGCUGAGCUGCCAUCUCUCUUCGCCACUUGUUUUCUCCCAAGAUGAAACAUUCCUCAUUUUAAAAUGUACCUUUCAUUGGUGUAAGGUGUGGCAGUAAUUAAGGGGACACACCUGAUCAUGAAACCUAACACACACAACUUUGCUUCUUUUAUUCCAAAUGCUGGGGGUAGAUGUCGCUCCUCGUCAUUUAAAAAAAAAAUCUUUCCAAAUCUUUGGAUUCUCUUUUCCCACUGAAGUUAGGGGUUAAUACGGCCUUGAGAUGGGGGUGAGGGUGAUUUUGCAGCCCUGGUGGUCAAAGAUUCAAAGUGUGCCAAGGCACCUCUUCCGCCUCGCAGGGCUCAGCACUUGCUCCUCUGCCGGUGGAGGCGGACCUGGAGGGAAUCAGCCCCACUCCAGACAGUGUUUAUCUUCCCCCUAGGGGGUUUAUUUGUCAAUAUUUUCCAGCUAGGCUUCAGCGGAGGUCCAAGGAGUUCUCCUCCACCAAACGAAAGGACACAAAUUCACAGCACAGAAAAGGGGAAUACCUUUUCCUACCCUCUUUCUGGGGUUGGGUGACGUUGUUGGCCCUGGGGUGCCAGUUCAUCCCCUAAACAGGCAGGCAGUUAGGUAGCUUCCCCUGUAGGGAGGUGAGCAGCCUUCCACCAUGGAGGAGUCCUUUCUCCUUGCUGCCACUAGCCCUGCAGCAGCUAGUCUCUCCCCCUCCUCUCUCACCAGCAGAGGGGUUUGUACAGGUUUCAGGCAGCCCUUAACUGGGCUCAGGGGUCCCUAGUGGACCUGAGGUAACCCCUUUCCAGCUUAGAGGGAAAAGGGCCUUUAUCAUUCUAGGGCUCAUCUACCCGCCUUCCACCACUCUCUUCCAGCUGUCCAGCCUGACUUUGUCACAAAAGUCACAAGUUUAGAUGCAUUCAUGUGUUCAGGGCUGGCCCCAGGAGGUUAUGAGGGGAACCCUCUUGCAAACACUUACACUGAGCUCUUUCUACCAGCCACUAGAUUGUGGAGACUGCAACCACUUUCAAGUCUGCUUCCACUGAAAACUUGUGCUCUGAAGGCCUGCAGGUGCCAAAAGCCAGCCAUGUGUCUGCUACAACAUGGAGUAGUGCAUAGCAAAGCGAUGCUUUUUUUUUGUACUAAACAAUGUUGUUAAAUCUAUGCACUUAUAUUUCUCUAUACAUAGAAAUAUUCAUAUGUCAGCAUCUCCCUCUCUUUAAUUUUUGCACUUGUUAAAAUAGGGUAUGUUUUUAAGUAUUAGCAGCUUUGCCUUGCAAAGCAAAUGCAUAAACCCUUUGGAAGAUGUUACGCAAUUUAAUAUGCAUUGUAACAGUAAUUCUUUUUCCUCACUUUGUUAAUUUAAAUGUUUUAAGAGGAUAUGUAUUCGACAUAUGGCUUCUAUCUGUCCUUCAUACAGUCUUGAUCCUACAACCUUGAUUCACGUCAGUAGUCCUUACUCAAGUGAACAGGUGUGGCAAGAUCACACCCUUAAUCAGGCAUGGAUCAGCAGAGAGACAAGGGAGUAAAAAUAAAACUACUAGUGAUAAAUAUUUCACCAAAUGGACCUUGGACCUUUUCUAAGGAAUAAGGAUACACAAAAGCUUUGUAAUCCUUUUGUUUGUUCAGUAUUUUAUUGCUAGCUAUACGAUUUCCUUUCAAGCAGAGCUAUUUAAUAUAUGCUGUACAUAUAUACAACUAGUCAUCCAGCAAAAACGGUGUUCUAUUAACGUGCAUGAUGGUGUUGUUUUCACACAAUUAUAUCUGCUAGCGGUAUAACUUUGCUUCUUUUGGUCACUUAGAAUACAGCUCUCCCUCUCUCUUUAUAUAUAUUUCCAGCAUUUCUUUAAGCAUCAAUCCCUCCAGUUGCAAUACCCAAAGGUGUGUUUACAAUUGAUGCUGCCCAGGAUUCUAGUCAUCUACAGAAAACUAUUUAUUUAGAUAGCUUUUGAAUUCACAGCUGACAUAAACGUAGAGGGUAAUUCUUCCUGGUUUUGUUGAGCUCGUGAAAUUUUUGUUUUCACACCAAGGAAGGCGGUGGAUCUCUACCCAAAGUUAGAGCAUUAGUGGCAAUAUGUGUAAAGUACUACUGUUAGUAAAUCAGUUCACCUAGCCUCAGCAAACCAGUGUAACUGCAUUUCUACUGUUCUUCCCAACUGCUUGAUUUGUAUUGUGCUUUGUGAAAUUGUGCUGUAGCCAUUCCAGGUGAUGUUGGUAACUGAUUGUAAAAUAUUGUCAUUUUCUACUGUUGUUGGUUGUAUAGAAUGGUUGGUGUACAGUGUUGUACAGCUGGAGGGGUGUUUGUACAUAUGUGGGGAAAUGAAGAACAUUAUAUGUCACUCACGGCAAAUAUUGAUAUUGUUGGUCAGCCAAAGAUUUUCCUAUUCUUUGCUGCUUAAACUUGUGCCUUAAUAUUGUAUAUAAUAAAUGUAUAAAAUGUUUCCUUC